UGCGUCAUAUCCAGAAAUACAUCUACAUCGCGUUAUAGAUUGGAUCCUAUUAAAACACAUUUGCACAAGAAUUUAAAAUAAUGGUAACAUGAAUAAUGAGCAUGCACUUAACACAGUCCAUGAGCCUACUAACAUUUAGUCGGUGUUACCUUCCACGCCCCAAUCUAUCCCAGUGACACUGAGCAACAUUUUCUCACAGAGCUCCAUCUUCUCCAUCCGCAGGUUUUUUUCUCUCUCUCUCUCUCUCUCUCUCUUCUCAGGAACAUCCCCACAUGCGUCGCUCACCUUAGUGUCCAUGAAUAGUGCGCGUUUGCAUUUUCCUGCUCGCUCAUUUCCUUCUUUUUUUCAUAUGGUAACAUGCGCAAUGAUUAGGUCGUUAGCACCUCCACAGAAACCCGUUAGGAAAAGCUUUUAUUUGGACCUAGUCCUAUUGUUGCCGAGCAAUCAUUUCCCCCCCGACACGUUUAACAAAAUCCACGACCAACAUCGCACGCGCUUUUUACGCACAAAAAAAUCACCAAAAAAAAGAUUUUUUUCUUCAGUAACGCAUGCACUUUUUAAUCAGCUGCAACUCUGUUGAUCAGAAUGUUCAAGCAGCCGGACAAAUAAUGAUUGUGCUUUCAUGCAUAUGUUAAUUUCUUUUUUUUUUUUCAUAUAGUGCAUUUGAGGAAAUCUCCCAUUUUUUUUAAAGCGAGCUCUAUAUAUAAAUAUACUGAUGCACACACCAAUGCACACCAGAGCAGAAGAUCUCGGCCAUGCAUAUCGGUUAUAAAGAUGAGGUGGAAGUGUGCUGCAGUACGUCCCGUUUGUUGACAAGCGCGUGAAACAAACUUCGCGGCUGUUCAGCUGAGGGAGCCGGGUCUGACGUCACGGGCGGGGUCACGUGACGGGGGGGCUGAUAGUAUAUCUUUAAGUGGAGAAAAACUAUCCUAAUCUAUCAGACAGUCGUUUACAAAAAAAAGAACCCUCCAGCCCCGGGAAGCAUGCGUCAUCAUCAGUUCUCUUUAGUCCAAAGUCGCUCGUGAAGCAGGUUGGAGAAGGAGAACCACCGGAGCGGAGAAGGUCUGAAGUUGGAGUCGGAAAUCCUAAAGAGAGAAGCUUCUCCUGGAGAGAUAUUAUCAGAAGUUUUCGGUGCUGUGACUGAUAGAGUGGCUGACACCUGAGCUGACCUCGGGACUAACCCCAGACAGCGAGCAGCGAUGACCCUGUCAGGAAGCGGCAGCGCGAGCGACAUGUCCGGCCAGACGGUGCUCACUGCGGAGGACGUGGACAUAGACGUGGUCGGGGAAGGCGAUGAGGGAAUGGAGCGGGACAGCGACUGCGGAAGCCCGGGCAUGUUACCCGAGCCCGUCGACGAUGGAGACGAGCUGGACGUGCACGAGCGCACCACCAGCAGCAGCCCGUGUGAGAGCGGAGGCGAGAGCGAGCACAGAGCGGCGGAGGACGGCCAGGACAGUGCCUCAGCUCCAACAUCCAACAAACCCAAGAGCAGUCUGGUGAAGCCUCCUUAUUCCUACAUCGCUCUCAUCACGAUGGCCAUCCUGCAGAGUCCACAGAAGAAGCUCACGCUGAGCGGUAUCUGUGAGUUCAUCAGUAACCGCUUCCCAUACUACCGGGAGAAGUUCCCUGCGUGGCAGAACUCCAUCCGCCACAACCUGUCGCUCAACGACUGCUUCGUCAAGAUACCGCGCGAACCGGGCAACCCGGGCAAAGGCAACUACUGGACUCUGGACCCGCAGUCUGAAGACAUGUUCGACAACGGCAGCUUCUUGCGAAGGAGAAAGCGCUUCAAGAGGCAGCCGGACAUCCUCCGGGAGCAGACCGCUCUGGUCAUGCAGAGUUUCGGCGCGUACGGCCUCGGGAAUCCUUACGCGCGUCACUACGGCCUCCACCCGGCCGCGUACCAUCACCCAGCCGCGCUGCAGUAUCCCUACAUCCCGCCCGUGGGUCCGGUGCUGCCGCCGGCUGUCCCGCUCUUACCGUCGGCUGAGGUGAACCGAAAGGCUUUUACGUCGAGUCUCCAGUUGCAGCUCAACGGCCUGAGCGCCGCCGCCGCCGCCGCAGCCGCCGCCAGCACGGCGUCUAUGAUCAAGUCGGAGCCCUCGAGUCGACCCUCGUUCAGCAUAGAGAACAUCAUCGGGGUGUCCAGCAGCAGCGCUACCGGAGGCGCACAGACUUUGUUGAGGCCGCCGGUCACGGUGCAGUCCGCCCUGCUGAGCGCGCACUCCCUCUCAUCGUUAACGCGGAGCUCCGCGAUCCUCAGCGUGCCACCGACAAACCUCAUCUCGGGACAGUUCUUACCGGCGGCGUCCACGGCAGCGGUGUCCAAAUGGCCUUCUCAGUGACAAAACUGCUUUUCUAAUAUUUAAGAGAAGAGAUGGAAAAGACUGAACAGCACGAACUAAACAGCACUGGGCGACUCGUCCAACUCACUGUAGCCAUGUAAAGAAUAAAAUUAACAAGAAAUUAUACAAAACGGAGGAAUGCUUUCAGCACAGGUAAUAUUUGUAAAUAUUUGUAUGGAGAAAAAAAAUGUACGACUUUUGUGUUCUUUCGUUUUGCUGUUCGAACUUUGACAUUUUGUAACUGAAAGUGUUUUCAUUUCCGUCAUAUAUUUUCUCAUUCGGAUUCACACACUUAUUAGGAUCAUAUUUUUUUUGUUAGUUUGUUUGUUUUGAUUUAUUUUUUAUUAUGAAACACAAAAUGUUCUUGUUCGAAAGCUGGACAAGUAGUCUGUUUAUACAAAAAAAUAAAUAUAUGUAUUCUAUGUAGCUAUAUUGUGUUGUAAAUUGGAUACAUUUGUUAAUAAAUAUUCCAAUAAAACGAAAUCU